GUAGUGUAUGUCCUUCAAUUUGUGCCUUAUAUCUCGUGGCGGGAAAUUGGUUUUGAAGAAGCAAACGUCAUCAGUUUUCAGCUGGCCUUCCUCCAUGAUUAUUCUUCGGAUAUCGAGAUUUUGAGUUGCGAUUAGGAAAAAAAUAAAAUAUUCUUAUUUUAUUCGACGACGCGGAGCUCACAGUUUACCUAUAACCACCACCACUGGCUGUUCUCUCGCCUCCGAGAAUUCUUUGGAGUUUCGGCUUUCCCGGAAGGCGAUGCCUUUUCUCUUCCCAUCAGCGAUCUGAUUAGAAAUUUUUGAUACUUAAAAAGCUACACAAAUGCCGAAAUCGGCACACAAGUGGACAUUCUGGAGAAAGUGCAAGAGGUCAGCCGGCGAACAGACCGAGGUGAAUGAAAAGGGAAAGCGGAAACGGUCAGCGGAAACGGAGAUCAUCGAGGUGCCGACGAAAGAGAAGGAAGCCCCGAGCUUGGAAAUAAGACGGAAGACCAUGGAGCACACGCUCACAAGGUGUGACGCCCGUUUGCCCAAAGUUACACCGAUCACGGACGACUACGAGAUUAGUAAUCACGUGCUCGGUCUUGGGAUCAACGGAAAAGUUGUUCAGUGUUAUGACAAGAACACCAGGGAAAAGUAUGCGCUCAAGGUGUUGUACGACUGCGUAAAGGCAAGAAGGGAAGUUGAAUUACAUUGGAGAGCAUCAAAUUGCAGGCAUAUAGUCCAAGUCAAAGAUGUAUAUGAAAAUACAUAUAGCGGAAAUAAGUGCUUAUUAGUUGUUAUGGAAUGCAUGGAAGGAGGAGAACUAUUUGAAAGGAUACAAGACAGACAAGAUGGUGCUUUCACAGAAAGAGAAGCUGCACAAAUAAUGUAUGAAAUUUGUGUCGCUGUGAAGCAUCUACAUGACAUGAACAUUGCACAUAGGGAUCUCAAACCAGAAAAUCUUCUUUACUCCAGGCCUGAUAGUACUGGAAUUCUAAAGCUUACAGAUUUUGGUUUUGCAAAAGAAACACAUUUGAAAGAUACAUUGCAAACACCAUGUUAUACUCCAUAUUAUGUAGCUCCUGAAGUGUUGGGACCAGACAAAUAUGAUAAAAGCUGUGAUAUUUGGUCACUUGGUGUUAUUAUGUACAUAUUAUUAUGUGGUUUCCCACCAUUUUAUAGCAACCAUGGUUUAGCAAUUUCACCGGGAAUGAAAAAGAGAAUUCGGUUAGGGCAAUACGAUUUUCCAGCCCCAGAAUGGUCAAAUGUAAGCACAGAGGCGCAAGAUCUUAUCAAGGGAAUGUUGUGUACAGAGCCGGCCAGAAGAUUACAAAUCAGCGAAGUUAUGCGAAACAAAUGGAUCUCUAAACAUACAGAGGUACCAGCCACUCCUUUACACACUGGACGCGUACUUCGAGAAGGCGAAGAACUUUGGCCAGAGGUUCAAGAGGAGAUGACACGGUCUUUGGCGACGAUGCGCGUUGACUAUGACACGGCUAAUUUGAAACAAUUGGAUCACACAAAUAAUGCAUUAUUGAUUAAACGCAGGAGAGCAAAGCAGUCGAACGCUGUACCACCAACUGCUAAUCCUACGCCUGCCUCCUAGGGAGACGCGACAAGAGCCAGACAGCACUGGCGUAUUUUUUUACGUAGAUGUAUAAGAUAUAGUCUAAUUACAGUGAGAAUUGUUUUUUAACAAUUACAUUGCACGAAAUACGACAGCUUACGGAACAGGCUAAUUCUGAAAGAAAAGAUAUACCUGUAUCGAAACGCAGGCAGCUAAAUUUCACGCAAACACCAUGUUAUAACAAAUGGAACUCGAAGAUGAUGCUCCAGCAAUGCAUUGCACGAGUUCGUAUUGUUGCGUAUUUAUUUAUCAUCGCAUAGAAAUUUGUUUCCAAUCGAUAAUUAUUGGGUUAAGUUACAAAUAACUUCAACCACAGGUGGUGAAGAUAAAAGAAAUAAUGACUAAAUAACAAACAAAACUUACGAUUAUUAUAUUUUAAACGGUGGAGAAUAUAUGAGAUCAAUUUUAAUGCUUUAUAAACAAAAGUCGACAGCUAUUUGUAACAUAUCCUAAUAAAUUUAAAUUUUGAAGUCACUAUUGUCAUGAUACAUGCAUGAAGAAACAGACUAGUGAUAGGUGCAUAUUUGUAAAGGGUACUUCACUACACUUCAGUUAUGGUGCAUUUUAUACGUCCUGUAGUAAAAAUAGUAGUCUAAAGGAAAUAAACAAUAACGGAGUUAACUGAUAUAAAAUAAUGUGACAAGAUUCAAGUUUCGUGGCCUACAUAUAGAAUAUAGAAGGUUGUGGCUAUAAAAUAACCAGACUGAUUUUUUAUGUCGGUUCCCCGUGGCGUUUGUAACAGCCAGCAGGUUGAGGUAUUUACCUGCGUUUUUCCCUCUGUCUACUGUUAAACUUCCAAACCACGUGCAACCAACAGUUCCGCAGUGGCCUGUGUUUAAAGCAGACCACAUACCUGAACUACGUUGGAAAAAUGUUAUUUAGUGUUCGUCGCACGUGGUUUGGAAGUGUAACGGUAGGUAGAGGGAACAGCACAGGUAAAUACCCCACUCUGUUCGCUGUUCUCGAGGCCACGGGAAACCGACAAAAAAAGAAGUUCGGUUAUUUUAUAGUCACACCUUGUAUUAGA